UGUUCAUCAAGGAAAUGGUGAUCACACUCUGAAGACUGUCAAAUCACACUCUGAAGAUCACACUCACAAAUCUGCAAGCAAAUCAAAACCUACAGAUACUAGGUGAGAACAUGUUGAGGACCUGAAUCAGAACAGAGAGCAGAGGUACAACACUAUGGUGCUCCCAGAUCUGAAUAGCACUCCACCUGGAGGAGAGGAAGAUGUACAUAUGUCUGAAGAAGAGGAAGAUGUACAUAUGCCUGAAGGAGAGGAAGAUGUAUGUAUACCACGGGCAAAACCAGAUCUACCAGACACUCACAAAUUUGCAGCAUAUAUUGCACUAAAAGCACUUAGCAGGGAUGGAGAAAUUGACAAGAGAGACAAAGAACGUGUAGCUGGUCUGCUGAACACAAGUGUCAGAACCGUUGAAAGAAUAUGGAAGGAGGCAAAUGCCCAGCUUGCAAGAGGAGAAGAGAUCAAUGUGUCUAAUAAAAGGAAGCGGAGAUGUGGUAGAAAGAGGGCAGACCUUGAUCUCUCGAGGAUACCUUCAAUUCCCCUCAACAAAAGGUCUACACUGAGGGCACUCGCUAGGUCUCUGGAUGUACCAUAUUCUACCUUGCGGAGAAGGUUCAAAUGGGGAAAGAUAAGGAAACACACAAACAGUCUGAAGCCCACUCUGAAACCAGAAAACAAGCUAUCAAGGCUCAAGUUUUGCAUUUCAAUGAUUGAUCAAACAACAAUAGCAGAUGCAAUGCCCUCUUUCAUUGAUAUGCAGAACAUAGUUCACAUCGACGAGAAAUGGUUUGAUAUGACGAAAAGGAACAGAACCUAUUACCUCCAUGAAGAAGAACCAGAUCCGGUGCGCACUGUUCAAAACAAGAAUAGUAUCGGCAAGGUCAUGUUCUUAACAGCAGUUGCGAGGCCACGAUUUGAUGAUCAAGGAAAUGUAACAUUUGAUGGCAAGAUAGGAGUAUGGGCCUUCAUCAAAGAAACUCCAGCAAAAAAGGAUUCCAAGAACAGACUCAAAGGGACUAAGGAACUAAAGUCGGUCACAGUUACUAGGAAUGUGAUGAGGGAAUACCUAUGUGAAAAGGUCAUUCCAGCCAUUGAAGUACAGUGGCCCGAAGACAAUCGAACCAUCUACAUCCAGCAAGAUAACGCAAGAACACAUGUUCCUCCAGAUGAUUCAGAUUUUCUAGCUGCCGUAGCAGAAUCAGAACUGGAUAUCAGGUUGAUGCAGCAGCCUGCAAAUUCACCUGAUAUGAAUGUCCUGGAUCUUUGCUUCUUCAGCUCAAUUCAGUCCUUGACGCUUGAAAGUGCACCAAACAACAUCAAGGAACUGAUAGAAUCAGUUGAAGAAGCAUAUGAUAGGUAUGAAGUGCACAAACUGGCGAGAGUGUUUAUAACCUUACAGUCAGUCCUGAUUGAGGUUAUGAGAGUUGAGGGAGGUACAGGAUACAAGAUCCCGCACAUGAACAAAGAUAGGAUGGAGAGGGAGGGGAUGCUACAUAUCAAUCUAAGAUUCGAUGCUGAGCUAUAUUGGAAAACAUUGGACAUUAUAGAGGGUCACUAAAGGAGAAGCAAACACAUGAAAGAUGAAAGAGGGAGUAAUUGUUAAUGAUUAUUUGUUAAUGUGCUGUUAAUUGCAUGUAACCACAGAAUAUAUUCAUGUAUAAUCAUAUUUUGUUAAUUUGUAUGUCAAUGGAGUAAAAAAGCUUACUGAA